AUUCCCAUGAGACAAUCGAGAUUUCGCAAAAUAUCUAAAAUGCAUUUCAUAGUAGGAAACUGCUUCUUCGGAUUAAUUUUUUUAUCUGGAGCGCUUGGAAGUCCAAAAUGUGAGACGGAGCUCAAGAAGAUGGCUAUUAUUCCAGAUUUAGCAAAGAAAGUUGCUUCAACUGACCUCCAGGUAGUUUUUGACAAGCAUGAAAAAGUGGAAUGCGGUAAUAAAAUCGCUUUGGAAUCUGCACUUUCUCCGCCAGUCGUUACAUUUGAUGUCCAAGGAGAAUGUCCAUAUGUUACUUUACUUUUAUUCGAUCCCGAUUCCUGGCUAAAUCCGACAUUUGCACACUGGCUUAUUCACAACAUUCCUGCAAGAAUAAUGGCUAACGGUUACUACGGACAAGCUGGAACUGUGGGUGCAAGUUAUUACUUACCCACCAUACCACAUCACGAUCACAGAUACACUUUCUUCUUGUAUUGUCAACAGGAUUUAAUUAAGGUGAAAAAAGAAAUGGAUCCUUCUCAGAGACUACGAUUUAAUACGAAGAAAUUCGCAAAGAAAUAUGGUCUUGGAAACCCAGUAGCAGCCAAUUUUUUCGCUCUAAGUACUGAAGCUCCUGAACUUGCAGGUGAAACAUCAGAAUCUUCGAACGAGUCAGAAUCGAACGAUUCACGACCUGGUGGUUUAUUUGCAUUUAUUCCUAAUUAAAACAACAAUUAGAUGUUGUUCAUUUACGAAGGUGUCCUUGAAGGCGUUUUCAAACUCGCCAGUUUUUUUGCCAUAUUCAGUUAUUUUAUACCUUCUGUUAAACUUCUAAAUGUUAUGUUUCUCAUGAGCAUGCUGUUGAUGUUCAGGAAAUUAUUUUAACCUAGAUAAAGAUGUAUUUUGGGUUUUAAAUUACACGUCUGUAACUUUUUAAAAUCGGUUAUGUAAAAGUUUCAGUAGCCAAUAAAAAUGUCUUUUUAUUUCUA